AUGGACAUUUCAGUUAAAGAAAUGUUUGGUGCAACCGGAGGUGAUUCGGCAUCUCACCUAACUGAAGAAAUGAAAGAUAUGAUUUCCAAGGAGGUCGGAAAGGCUUUAGAAGCUAGUCUAUUGCAGUUCCUCGAUAGACUACAAACCAUGAUCUUAUCGGUGGUGGAUGAUAAGAUGAGUGAAAUGAAAGAGAGUCUCACACAAGAAAGAGACAAGGAAGGGGUUUUCGAGAGAACACAUUGUGAUGAAACCGAUUUCGUGGCGUACGGGACCGAUCAAUUAAGAGGUCAUGCGAAAGAUUGGUGUGAUAAUCUUAAAAAGGAACAAGGAAUCGAGGCCACGAGAACUAUGUCGUGGGAGGAAUUCAAAACACCGUUCCUUAAACACCAUAGCCCAAAAGCCGUGAUCAACAAGACCAAAGAAGAAUUUAUUCAGUUAAGGCAGAGGGGCGAGUCGAUAGACAAGAUUACUGGAGUGUUUCUAGACAAGCUCAGAUUUUGUGACGAGCUAGUUCAAACAGAAGAACAUAAGAUCUACUAUUAUUACAACAUGUUAAGUGCGGAGCAUCGGGAGUUUAUGGCUCCCUCGAAAUACGGACAUCUUAUGGAGAUCGUAAAUGCCGCACGCGAAAGAGAGAUCAGACUAAAGAAACAAAUUGAAAGAGGCAAAAGGAGGGUGUUGGAUGUGAAUCCAAACCCCGUGAAGAUGCAAAAGCCUAAUGAAAUUCUGAAGAAAGGAAUCAUCAAAUUGGGGACACCCCAAUGCAAGAUAUGUGGGAAAGCUCAUAGAGGCGAAUGCUAUUUUAAGAACAAACCAUGUCCUACUUAUGGGAAAGUGGGACACGUGGUUGCUAAUUGCCCGAGAAAGGUGUCGGUGUGCUAUAAAUGUUACAAGCCGGGACAUAAGAAGUCUGAGUGCCGGAAUUGGUUUGAAACAACAAAACAACUGACAUGA